UAUCAUUUUCAACACGUUGUUUGGUCUCAACACAAAUCUAUGGAUGGAAAUGUCGGCGUUCAAAAUAAUUGGCCUUGCUAGAGCUGGUAUUGCUUCUGCAAUCCAACACAGACCGGAUUUGAAUUCUUUCUCUGUUACCAACGUUAAGGAAGGACUUGAACUUGAAAACCUUCACUCAUACUUCGUUGAUUCACCAAUCUGAAGCGCUUAACCUGUCUUGAUUUCUCCUUUUCCUGCGUUACUGAUUGGAUGCUUAAGGCUCUAGCACUUCAUUCACCUCCUCUGACCAAACUUAUCCUACAAGAUUGCUACAAUUAUACCUAUUCCGGCAUCUCUACUCUCUUGUCUAAGUGUCCAUAUCUGCAGCAUCUAGAUCUUCAACGUACAAAGUUUUUGAAUGAUCAGCUUUUCAAUCAGCUCUGUGCAUUUCUGGCUGAUUUGGUGUCUAUUAACGUCAGCGGCUGUGGCAUGCUCACCAAUUCUUCCUUCUUUGCACUCCUUACCAACUGUCCUUUGCUCGCAGAGAUUAGAAUGGAGUCAACAGAUAUUGGACUCGGUCCAACACCAUCCGGGGUGGAUUUGGUUGUAUACCCUCAAGUCAAGUCUCUCCAUUUGGCUAACAAUUCACAUUUGCAUGACAAUCACAUCAACAUCUUUGGUUUCAUGUUUCCUAAUAUGCAACAUAUUGAUUUGAGCUUUUGCCAUCACGUAUUUCAACAUCGUAUUCCUGUACUGUUCAAGAGAUGUCCUAAGAUCACACUUUUGAAGUUUGUUGGCUUCCCACACGCUAAGCUACGUUCAAUCAACUCUGAAGCUUCCAUUCUGGAGGUGCUGAACUUGGCGCACUCGAGAAUUGAUGAUGAAGGACUGUAUCAGAUCUCUAAGAGUUGCCCUCGGCUUCUACAACUGGACCUAGAACACUGUUAUGAUGUCACGGAAAAGGGAGUGAAGCUAGCCACUGAAAACUGUACAUGCCUCAGAGAUUUUAAUUUGCGACAUUGUCGUAAAGUGUCUACUGAUAUUGUUUCCUGGAUUAUAUUUACUAGGCCAUAUAUCAUUGAGAAAAAUAACGGCUCCGCCUCAUUUUUGUCCCCGUGACUGUGAUAGGAAACUCCUCUUUAGCCAAUGCCUUGUUUUGUAAGUGAACUUCCAUUUGAUUUAUUCUGUUACUGGUACUAUGUUCAUGAUAUAUAAUUGUUAUUAUUUGAAUAAUACAUUUCAUAGUAGAGUUCAUAAAAUUACUCUGAUUUUGUUAUAUAGAUCAAUCAUAUAGAUAAUUCUUAAUUCUGACAGCCUUUACAAUUUUCACAAUUAUUUUGCCAUGGAAUGGUUGUGAUCUGUUUCUAUCGCUCCCAACGCAUUCCUUCUCCAGCCUUUCAUCCUAUAAGCAGUGAUCGUUUUUUCAAAUUUUAUACAUGUAUGUGAGCAUCAAUUUUCAUCAGAGUAACUCAAAAAGUACAAGGAAGGAAAUUUACAAUUUUCGGGACUCUACAAACUAAUGGGAAAAUAAUUUUGUAGAUAUAUAGCUUUUAGUUAUUUGAUCCUUCUAGAUGUAACUCAUGUGAUGCCAUGAUUCUUUCUUAUAUAUAAAACA